CUCUCAACUAGAGUCAUCUUUACUCUUCUUCUCACUUUCUAAAAGUAAUUAAGCGGCACUCUCUCUCUCUCUCUCUGUUCAUCGAUUCGGUUUUGAUUUGGGGGAAUAGGGCAGAUCUGAAGGGAGGAGAGCCAGAUCGGGGGGAUUGCUAGGUCAUGGAGGAAGCUCUGGAAAUGGCGCGAGCCAAGGACACCAAGGAGCGCAUGGCUGCUGUGGAGCGUCUCCACCAGCUCCUCGAAGCUUCUAGAAAGAGCCUGACUCCCUCGGAAGUGACUUCGCUUGUCGAUUCUUGCUUGGAUCUCCUCAAGGACAGCAAUUUCAGAGUCUCCCAAGGCGCGCUUCAGGCCCUCGCUUCCGCCGCCGUCCUCGCCGGCGAGCAUCUGAAGCUUCACUUGAACGCGCUUGUCCCUGCCGUCGUGGAGCGGCUUGGCGACAGCAAACAACCGGUUAGGGAUGCGGCGAGGCGGUUGUUGACAACUCUCAUGGAGGUUUCAUCUCCGACGAUUAUAGUGGAAAGAGCAGGUUCCUAUGGUUGGCUGCAUAAGAGUUGGAGAGUUAGGGAAGAGUUUGCUCGUACUGUCACUUCUGCCAUUGGUCUCUUUGCAUCCACCGAGCUCCCUCUCCAGCGUGUUAUUCUUUCUCCGAUACUUCAGAUGUUAAAUGAUCCGAAUCAAGCUGUUAGGGAAGCUGCAAUUCUGUGCAUUGAGGAGAUGUACAUGCAGGGUGGAAAUCAAUUUCGCGAAGAGCUUCAGCGCCACCAUCUCCCAUCUUAUAUGGUAAAAGAUAUUAAUGCUAGAUUGGAGCGCAUUGAGCCACAACAGCGUUCUACAGAUAGCCGUAGUAGCCACCAUGUUGUUAAUGAGAUUAAGGCUUCAAGUGUCAAUCCCAAGAAGAGCAGUCCAAAGGCAAAGACUUCCACAAGAGAGAAUUCUUUAUUUGGAGGAGAUCCUGACAUCACCGAGAAACCAAUCGAGCCGAUCAAAGUGUACUCAGAAAAGGAGCUGAUUCGAGAAUUUGAGAAAAUUGCUUCAACACUUGUCCCAGAGAAAGACUGGUCAAUGCGUAUUUCAGCUAUGCGGAGGGUUGAAGGACUUGUUGCGGGAGGUGCGACUGACUACUCUUGUUUUCGAGGUCUCCUGAAGCAACUUAUUGGUCCCUUAAGUACACAGUUAUCUGACAGGAGGUCUACCAUUGUUAAGCAGGCUUGCCAUCUCUUGUGUCUCUUAUCAAAAGAGCUACUGGGUGAUUUUGAAGCUUGCGCUGAGAUUUUUAUUCCAGUACUUUUCAAGCUGGUUGUGAUCACGGUUCUUGUAAUUGCAGAAUCUGCUGAUAACUGCAUAAAAACGAUGCUGCGUAACUGCAAAGCUGCCCGUGUGCUUCCUCGCAUAGCUGAGGCAGCAAAACAUGACCGUAAUGCAGUUUUGCGAGCAAGGUGUUGUGAAUAUGCACUGUUAACACUCGAACAUUGGCCUGAUGCUCCAGAAAUUCAGCGGUCAGUUGAUUUAUACGAAGAUCUGAUUAGAUGCUGUGUUGCAGAUGCUAUGAGUGAGGUACGGGCAACUGCUAGAAUGUGCUACAGAAUGUUUGCUAAAACUUGGCCGGAUCGUUCUCGUCGUUUAUUUUCCUCCUUUGACCCUGUCAUUCAAAGGCUAAUAAAUGAAGAAGAAGGUGGAAGUCAUAGGAGACAUGCCUCGCCAUCUGUCCGUGAGAGACACUCCCAGCCUUCAUUUUCUCAGACGUCUGCUCCAUCUAAUUUACCUGGCUAUGGGACAUCAGCCAUAGUCGCUAUGGAUAGAAGUUCAAAUUUAUCCUCAGGAGGAUCUCUUUCUUCUGGGCUACUCUUAUCCCAGUCAAAGGAUCUCAAUAAAGGUUCUGAACGUAGUCUGGAAAGCGUGUUACAAUCAAGCAAGCAGAAGGUUAGUGCAAUUGAAAGUAUGCUCCGAGGACUGCAUGUAUCCGAUAGACAGAAUCCAGCAGCCCUUCGUUCGAGUAGUUUGGAUCUAGGAGUUGACCCUCCAUCGUCUCGUGAUCCUCCAUUCCGUGCUUCUGUUCCAGCAUCCAACACUCUCACAAAUAGCACAGCUGCUGAAUCAAUGCCUAGCAUUAACAGAGUCAGUAAUCGCAGUGGUGGCCUUGGUUUGUCAGAUAUCAUCACCCAGAUACAAGCCUCGAAGGACUCAGGAAGGCAAUCACACCGCAGCAAUUUGUUGUCCGAGUCUCAUCCUAGCUUUUCAUCCUUGACAGCUAAAAGGGUCUCAGAGAGAAACGAGAGAAGUUCUUUUGAGGACAACAAUGAUGCAAGGGAUGCUAGGCGGUUUAUGGUAGGUCAUUUAGACAGACAGCAGAUGGAUAGCGCUUAUAGAGAUUCAUCAUUCAGGGAUUCAAACGCCAGUCACGUUCCCAAUUUCCAGAGGCCACUUUUGAGGAAAAAUGUUGGGGGAAGAUUGUCCGCAGGCAGGACGAGGAGUUUCGAUGAUAGCCAACUGCAAGUUGGUGACAUGUCAAAUUAUGUUGAUGGUCCAGCAUCUCUGAACGAGGCCCUUAACGAUGGACUGAAUUCAAGUUCUGAUUGGAAUGCUAGAGUUGCUGCUUUUAAUUUUCUCCAAACUCUACUGCAACAAGGCCCCAAAGGUGCUCAAGAAGUAAUCCAAAAUUUUGAGAAAGUAAUGAAACUGUUUCUCCGGCAUUUGGACGAUCCUCACCACAAGGUUGCACAAGCAGCAUUGUCGACACUCGCGGAUCUUAUACCAUCUUGCCGAAAGCCUUUUGAGAGCUACAUGGAAAGAGUCUUACCACAUGUGUUUUCAAGGCUAAUCGAUCCUAAAGAGGUAGUUAGACAGCCUUGCUCCUCAACCCUGGAUAUUGUCAGCAAAACCUACAGCGUAGAUUCCCUUUUACCUGCGUUGCUUCGUUCACUGGAUGAGCAGAGAUCACCGAAGGCUAAAUUAGCCGUGAUCGAAUUUGCCAUCAACUCCUUCAACAGGUACGCUGGCAACCCUGAAAUUUCGGGUAAUAGUGGCAUCCUAAAGUUGUGGCUGGCAAAAUUGACACCCUUAACACGCGACAAGAAUACCAAGUUGAAAGAAGCUUCCAUCACUUGUAUCAUAUCGGUUUACAAUCACUAUGAUUCUGCGGGACUUCUAAAUUACAUUCUUAGUUUGUCGGUUGAGGAGCAAAACUCCUUGAGAAGAGCCCUCAAACAGUAUACUCCCCGCAUUGAGGUGGACUUAUUAAAUUAUAUGCAGAGUAAGAAGGAGAAACAGAGAAUAAAGUCUUAUGACCCCUCUGAUGCCAUUGGGACAUCAUCUGAAGAAGGAUAUCCAGGUGCUUCCAAGAAGAAUAUGUUCCUUGGCAGGUAUUCUGGGGGUUCCGUUGACAGUGAUAGUGGUAGGAAGUGGAGUUCUUCACAGGAGCCAACAACGGUCACUGGUGGUGUUGUUGGUCAAAGUGUUUACAGUGGAACUCAGGAAAAGCUGUAUCACAACUUCAGAAGUGGGAUAAGUUCUGCUAGUGAUGUGUUGAACCAAAAGGAUUCUGAUUACACGUUUACUUCAGCUGGUCAGAAUUUGAUAUCAAGAACUAGCCCUAAUGGAAGCUCAGACAAGGUUGAAAACUUUGAUAGCUUAUCUCCACCACGUUUAGAGAAGAAUGGUAUGAAUAUGACAAACGCUGAUUCCAUGGAAGAAAGACAUGAAAAUGAGGUUUCCCGCGAAUUAGAUUUGAGUCAUUACAUGCUCUCAUCUAUUAAGGUUAGUCCAACACCGGAAUCUGGACCUAGCAUUCCUCAGAUUCUACAUAUGAUCAAUGCGAGUGAUGGAAGCCCUUCUUCAAGCAAGAUAUCUGGACUCCAGCAACUAAUUGAAGCCUCUGUAGCUAACGAAGAAUCAGUUUGGACCAAGUACUUCAAUCAAAUAUUGACGGUUGUUCUUGAAGUGGUCGAUGACGAAGAUUUGUCAGUCAGAGAAGUUGCUCUUUCGCUGAUAUCUGAAAUGCUAAAGAGCCAGAAAGAUGCCAUGGAAGAUUCGGUUGAGAUAGUGAUUGAGAAGCUGCUUCAUGUCUCGAAGGACUCUAUUCCAAAAGUUUCCAGUGAAGCUGAGCAAUGUUUGACCACGGUUUUGUCCCAAUAUGAUCCUUUCAGAUGCUUAAGUGUUAUUGUGCCACAAUUGGUUACAGAAGAUGAGAAAACUCUCGUCGCUUGCAUCAAUUGCUUAACUAAGCUUGUGGGUAGGCUCUCGCAAGAGGAACUAAUGGAUCAGUUGUCUUCUUUCUUGCCUGCGGUUUUCGAAGCAUUUGGGAACCAAAGUGCAGAUGUCCGAAAGACAGUGGUGUUCUGUCUGGUAGACAUAUAUAUAAUGCUUGGGAAAGCAUUUUUGCCGUAUUUGGAAGGUCUAAACAGCACACAGGUUCGCCUAGUGACCAUCUACGCAAACAGGAUCUCACAGGCUAGAACCGGUGCCCCUAUCGACCCAGACACCUAACGAGCCACUUUGUGCUCGUGGUUCAUUGGUAAUCCCCUCGCGUCUUUGGGGGGUUUAUAUUCAUUAAAUAUUGUUCAUUUUGUAUAUGGGUACGUGUGCGUCUUGUGUUUCUUGUGAUAUCUUUGCUGUAAUUUUGCAAGUUGUGGUUUUUCUUCUAAUUCAUUUUGUUACAGUGUAUGAUCUAUUUUGCUUUGUUUUUGGGCCGAAUCAAAAAAAAAAAAUUGCAUC